UCUUUUUACGGUUACUGGGGGAUUGUUUCUCGUGGUUUGCUAUUUCAUCUGUAAACAACAAUAAUCCUAAAACGUGACUCCACGGGCGGGUGCGUUCUAUACCUCAUUAUUGUGGUUUUCCCUCAAGUUUACGGAAAAAGGCGGGACUUACGGGCCAUCAGACCAGUCAGCAAUAAGAAAAAGAAGGCUGUAUCCUACACUAAUGACGUCACAUUUGUAACUCGUUUUUUAAGAGAUCUAUUCAAGGUGUUCUGCAUGAUAUGACUGAAAUCGGCUGUCUUGCUCAACAGUGUGGAAUGUCAGCGGGCACCGACAUCGCUGCUCGAAUCCACUUGUUCAAAAACAAGGGAAAAUGUGUACUUGAGUCGAGGCGCAGGAGGGCGGAAGUUAACGUCGAACUGAGGAAAGCGAGGAAAGAUGAGCAGAUUUUAAAAAGAAGAAACGUUCAGAGCUCCCAGGACAAUCCAGCUUCCCUCCUUCAAGAGAACAGCAGAGGAAAGUGCUGGUCUGUGGAGGAGAUUGUCGGAGGUGUGAACAGUCAGAACUCAGAACAUCAGAUACAGGCAGUGCAGGCUGCCAGGAAGUUUCUGUCCAGAGAAACAAAUCCACCUAUUGAUAGCAUCAUUGCUGCUGGACUCAUUCCAAAGCUCGUAGGUUUUCUGGCUCACUUUGAAAACCCUCCGAUCCAGUUCGAGGCAGCAUGGGCCCUGACCAACAUCGCUUCAGGUACCUCCCACCAGACGAACUCUGUCAUCGAGGGCGACGCCGUUCCAGCCUUCAUCUCACUGAUGUCGUCUCCCCACCAGCACAUCACUGAACAAGCCAUUUGGGCCCUGGGAAAUAUUGCAGGAGAUGGAGCCAAUAGCAGAGAUUUGGUCAUCCAACAUGGCGGGCUUCAGCCCCUUCUGGCCUUGUUAGAAACUUCUGACUUGUCUUUGUUUAGUUCUGCCUACCUCAGCAAUCUCACCUGGGUGCUCUCAAACCUGUGUCGGCACAAGAAUCCAGCUCCUCCUCUGGCAGCGGUGCGUCAGAUGCUUCCUGUCCUGGUGCGCCUCCUGCACCUGAAUGACAGGGAGGUCCUGGCUGACACCUGUUGGGCCUUAUCUUACCUGACUGAAGGGACAAACGAGAGGAUAGAAAUGGUGGUGCAAACUGGUUGCGUGCCCCGUCUCAUCCAGCUUCUCGCAUGUCAGGACGUCUCUAUCGUGACUCCUGCUUUGAGAACUGUGGGCAACAUCGUGACUGGAACCGAUGAGCAGACCCAGUGUGUGCUGAAUGCAGGUGCACUGGCAGUGUUCCCCGUCCUGCUGGGCUACCCCAGCCCCAACAUCCAGAAAGAAGCAGCAUGGGCUGUUUCCAACAUCACUGCUGGCAAGAGCAGCCAGAUACAGGAAGUCAUUAAUGCAGGCCUGGUACCCAUGCUGGUGGAGAUUCUUCACCAGGGAGAUUACAAGACCCAGAGAGAGGCCGUGUGGGCUGUCACCAAUUAUACCAGCGGGGGAACCGUGGAUCAAGUAUCAUAUUUAGUCCAUUGCAACGUUUUCGAGCCUUUGAUCAAACUGUUGAAUAUCAAAGACAGCAGGGUGAUCUUGGUCAUCCUGGAUGCAAUCAACAAUGUUUUACAGAUGUCAAAAAGUACCAGUGAGAUUGAGAAAGUGUGCCUUUUGAUUGAGGAUCUGGGAGGUUUAGACGCUCUUGAGGCACUGCAGUCUCACGACAAUGAAGCCGUUUACAAGUCCUCCCUCAACAUAAUAGACAAAUACUUCUCUCACGAGAACGACGAUGAGGCUGUAGUUCCUGAAUCUGAGGCAGAUUGUAUUGCCUUUCAUAUCCCUGAGGAUCAUGGAUCUUUUCAGUUUUAAAAUGUUUUAUUUCCUUAACGUUAUAUAAUAUAGACAUGGAAUGGGCAAACUUUUUGACUUGUUUCCACAAAGGGUUUUUAAAUGUGACAGAAGGGCCAGACGAGGAGCAGACGGGUGCUAAUUCAGCUCGUAAAAGAAAUAAUGUGGAUGAAAACAUGCUUUACUUUUGAUUAAUAAAUAAAUAUAUAUAUAUAUAUUUUUAAACAAAACAUUUUGAUGUUUCUAUUUCAAGAUGGUGCAUUUUGUUUUCAUCUUAGAACCAAUUACACCAAAUGGUUGAUGUCCUUCAGGGGAAAAAAAGUGAGAGAAAAGCUGCGUUCAUGUGGUGUUUGAAUGAUCAGAAAAAUGACUGACCGGAAAACAAACAUGAACAUCAGAAAAACAACAAAUCUUCCAACACUGCAUGAAUGCAGAAUAACUUUCUGCGCCUAAAUAAAGGUCAUUUUAUUUGUGGUCCGCCAUCUAUAGGGAGACACCAGAAUUACAGGGAAAAUAAAAAAUGUAUAAGGUUAAAUAAGAUAAUAUAUUACAGUUUGGCGGGCCAAAUUAAACAUUUAACAGGGUGCAUAUGGCCCCGGGGCUGUAGUUUCUCCACCUCUGAUAUAGACAUUUCAUUAAAGACUUUUUUUGUAUUUUUAAUAAACUUUUACUAUGCUUG